GGACGUCCGCCAGCGCGGGGCUGGUGUUAAGCCUGAACAGCCGCUCGCAGCCAGCUCACUUCUCCUCUUCACUCCUGAGGCAGGACUGCGCCCACCCCUCGUGGAAGCCCAGCUCAGCCUGAUAGGGGAGCAUCGCGCAGCCUCGGGCAGCAGAUCUUCAGCACAGCGGCCGACAGUCAGUCGGCUCCGCCUGCCGCGCCGCGCCGCGCUCCGCACGCGAUGCUCUUGCGGUGAGGAGCGCUUUUCAGCAGCGCGUGUGGCCUCCGGCGCUUUUCUCAGCAGAGAGAGCAGAGCGGAGCGGACAGACAGGCGGAGACUCCUCACCGGCAUCACCUCCACAUGACUCCUCCGCUCUCCGCUUCCCAUUAGAGCGAACACGGGCGCGAAUGAGUGCAUCGACCCGGGCUUUGUAAUAUGAACUUUCUGCCGAGUGGAAUAUGUUUCUAUCUGUCUGUGGCCGCCUGCUGGCUCACCUCACGGGUCGACUCGUCUUGGUGGUACAUGGGCACCCUCGGCUCGCAGGUGAUGUGCGACAACGUCCCCGGGCUGGUGAACAAACAGCGCCAGCUGUGCCGCCAGCAUCCCCGCGUGAUGCAGGCUGUCGGCGCAGGCGUUAAGGACUGGAUCAGCGAGUGUCAGCACCAGUUCCGCAGCCACCGCUGGAACUGCAACACGGCCGAGCGAGACCACACCGUCUUCGGAAAACUGCUGCUCAGAGGCAGUCGAGAGGCCGCGUUCGUGUAUGCGAUUUCCUCGGCAGGCAUGGUCCACACCCUGACCAGAGCCUGCAGUCAGGGAGAGCUGGACACCUGCUCGUGUGACCCAGGAAAGAAAGGUUCGUCCCGAGAUGCCAAAGGAUCCUUCGACUGGGGUGGCUGCAGUGACCAUGUGGACCAUGCCAUUAAGUUCACCCAGGCGUUUGUCGAUGCCAAGGAAAGGAAGGAGAGGGAUGCCCGAGCGCUCAUGAACCUACACAACAAUCGUGCAGGAAGGAAGGCAGUGAAGCGUUUCAUGACCCUGGAAUGUAAAUGCCAUGGCGUGAGCGGCUCCUGCAGCGUGCGGACCUGCUGGCUGGCCAUGGGUGACUUCAGGCAGACGGGUGACUACCUGCGCAAGAGGUACAACAGCGCCGUCCAGGUGGUGAUGAACCGCUAUGGGACAGGCUUCACCAGCGCCUACCGGAAGUUCAAGAAGCCCGCCAAGAAUGACCUGGUUUACUUUGAGGACUCACCCGACUACUGCAUAUGGGACCAUGAAUCUGGAUCGGUGGGCACGGGCGGGCGCGUGUGCAACCGGACGUCACGAGGAGCUGACAGCUGUGAGGUCAUGUGCUGUGGCAGAGGCUACGACACGUCCCGCGUGAGCCGCACCAGCAAGUGUGAAUGCAAGUUCCACUGGUGCUGUGCUGUCCACUGCAGGGACUGCCAUGAAGAGGUGGACAUCCACACCUGCAAAGCCCAGUCCUGACACUCAUCACCAUCUGUAUCUGUUCCCAGGCAUUAAAUAUGAGCCACUGUUCAAAAAGCUUCAGAACUGACCUAGGAUCAGAUUGUGUGACUGGCAGGAUUGUUAAUAAGAAAAGAUCAUUAUUCCCCUAAAUCUAUAAAGAUAGAAAGAAAAAUAUCAGCCUUCAGACUUAGAAAGUGAAAAGAAAGAAGGAAGUUUUAUGAAAACAGUUUGAACACGAAAUGACAGGUUUUGUUGAUUUUUCUAAGUCAAAGUAAAGUAACACAUCUACAGCAGUAGAAACGAUCCUGUGAUCCUCGACUGUCCUGCACAUUUUAGUGUGUUCCCUGCUCCCAACACCUGAUUCAACUAAUCAGCUUCAUCAGUCCCUUCCUGUGUUAGAGCUGGAGAACUCUGGUGAUUAGACUCUGCAAGGUGGCAUUUUUUCCUGUAAAUUUAAAGUCGUAAUUUCAGUUUAUUUGCUGAGAUAAACAUGUUGGAAAAAAACUAAAGAUACUAUAUAAAAUGUGCCACAUAGCACUUC